CUAGGAUUUCCCUCUUCUUCCCGCUGGCAUCGUUAGGCUAGUCCGUGGUAGCCCGACUUCCUUCCUCUCUCCCUCCCUCCCAUCUCCCCGAUCUCUCCCUCUCCCUCCUACUCCUCCCUUACUCUCCUCCCCAACCUCCUUCGUCCGAUUCUGGUGGCCAGGCCAGAAUGUGGCUCUACCGUGGCGUGCAGUCCGCUGUAUUUUACUACGCCACCUGCACCCCCUGUGCCAACACCCUAGACCGCCACAAGCGCAAAAAGGAAGCCGUUCGAUCGCAACGCGAAAAGGAUAGGAUAGAUGCUACCGUCACCGACCAACCGAGACCUUUAGCACAACCCACCGCCUUUAGUACCAACCCAGGAUGGGCCGAGGAAAUCGCUCUCGGUCCCGGUCCUCCCGCUAGACGAGGUGGUCACCGCAACGCCCAUCGCCGAACCGACUCUUGGAAUACCGGCAUAUCGGCGGACUCCACACAGGAUGUGAGCCGCGGGGGCAACUCGGCGAACAAGAAGGAUAAGAGCAGUUUGAAGCAUCCGUUGGGCGAUCGGUGGAGCCGCAUGCGAAAUCAGCGCGAGGACGAGCCGUUAUGGGGUCAGGAUGUGGAGGUCAAGGGUUCCUCAGUCGGACUCUCAGGCCGCGGUAAAGCAGAUGCUGGCUCCUCCAGCAAAUAUUACAUUGCUCGUGUGCCCCCAGUCAACGACCUUCAUCCUCCCAUCGUCAGUGGACCUAAGAGCCGCGCCGAAACACGAUGGAUGCUACAACCCCCGCCCAGUGCUCGAGUGAUGGCUGGCAAAGAGCGUUCUGGCGAUACUGUCCGCAACAAUGACACUAGUGGACAACGCGUAGACGGUGACCGAAAUGUCAAGAAGCCCGUCACUCCUGCCCAGCAGCUCCCUCCCAUAGCCACCCAACCUGCCGAAAAGAAGAAUGCCCCUAAGCCUUCCCCGCUUCGCAUGGCCCCCGACGGCUGGUACGAUCCGAGAGCCGUGGAGGACGAUUCGGAAGGAGACGACGAAUUCUCUCCGCCCUCGUCGCCCAGAAUGAUGUUCGGACGUGAUCAGGCCAAUUUUGUAAUCUCCCCAUCAUUCCGCUCGCGCUCUGAUUCGUGUUCUACUCUGUCAUCACCUGGCGAUACCGAAGUGGAGUCUCCGCGGGUCUCCUUGCAUCAGCCCGGGACCCCGACGUCACGGCCUGUCUCCAAAGCAACUCAAGAUAGCGGUAAACAUUUCCCUCCAACGAUCUCACAAGCCCUAUCUACCUUGCAACGUGACAACAACAAGGUUCAAUUGUUGCAUUUGGAAAUCAAUGACUCGCCUGACGAUAUCGGAUUAGGUCAUCUUGAACGUCUCCGACCUUGGCGUUGGAGUAUGGAUAUAUGACCCUAAAGAUCCGUCCGCCUAUCCGCAUA